AUGAUGUCUCGUGUGUUGUGUUUUCUUGCUUUGGUGUUGGGUGUUGUCUCUUUGUGUGUGACAGCUGAGGCGAGUUCUGAGUCUGUUCCUCUUCCUACUGGUGGUAAGUGCCCUGAAGGUUACAGUCCUUCUGCUGAUGGUGAAAACUGUUCGCGUACUCCUUCUCCACCUGCUAUUCUACCACCACCACCUCCUCCUCCUCCUCCUCCUCUUCCCCAACAACCUGGUGGUAAACCUUGUACAUCAGAUGACACUAUUCCUCAGUGCUCUACUAGCGGUAGUGAAGAUGAAGCUGCUCGUCCCGAUUGUGAGACGUCUACUGAGUCGGAAACUUGCAAUACUAAGGAACCCAAGAAGGAAGACAGUUGCCGUGGUGGAUCUAGUGAUACACAUUGUACACACUCACUACAGGAACCUGGUCGAACUACACCUAAUCCUGGAGACGAACAUCUGGUACGUGGUACACCAGAUCCAAUUGGUGCUUCUGGUGAACAAGGAGAAUCUGCGGAUGGUGAGGCUGUAUCGGGUGUUGUUUCUUCUUCUUCUGAACCUCCUAAUAAUGCUGUUGCUCCUUCUUCUACUACAUCUGCUGCUCCUGCACUCGCUGAGGGAAGUGAGACUGCGCCUACAGGUGAUAGUCACAAUGGAGACAGUGUUCUAAGUGAAAGUGGAGCAACAAAGACUUCUCCUAAAAAUUCAGACAGCGGGAGUGACGGUGGUUCUGAAACUACACUGACAGAGAACGGUGGUACAUCUGCAGAGGGAAGUACGUCUACAGGAAUAACAGGUGAUGUAGGAAAUACAGAAAAUACAGAUGCAACCACUACCACCACCACCACCACAACAACACUUCCUCCUGAACUCACAAACAACAAGAAGGGUGAUGCCGACAGCAGCAGCAGUAUCCGCAGUUCUGUGUGGGUGCGUGUACCACUACUGAUUGUGGUUACACUGGCCUGUAUUCUUGUGUACUGA